AUGUUUGCCGGAACUGAAUUUACUGAUUCAACAUCUGAAAACAAUAAUUGUCGUGUCUUAGUGACAGGUGCAUCCGGUUAUCUUGCUAUACAUUGCGUUCAACAACUAUUACAACAGGGUUACAAAGUACGUGGGACAGUUCGAGAUUUGAAUUGUUCUAAAAAAGUUAAUCCGUUGCGACAGUUAGCAAAUAGCGAUCGAUUGGAACUUUUUCGUGUUGCUUUUGAGGAUAGCGAAGAUCUAUGGGAAAAAGCGAUAACGGACUGUACAUACGUGUUGCACCUAGCAAGUCCGUGUGAGAUAAUAGCGAACAGUAUGAUAGUGGAAAUAGCAGUUUGUGGUACUUUAAAGGUCCUUCGUAGUGCCUCAAAAAGACAAUGUGUACGAAAAAUUGUACUUACUAGUUCAUCUGGCGCUAUUAAUUUUAAGAAGAAAUGUUUCACUGAGGAUGAUUGGACAAAUUUGAAAUGGAAACAUUUGCAUGCUUACCAUAGAAGCAAAACUUUAGCUGAACAAGCAGCUUGGAAUUUUAUGGAAGAAAAUCCAGAUGUAUCGUUUUCAUUGACAGUUUUAAAUCCCUCUCUGAUUAUUGGACCAUCGUUGCAGAAUGCUAAAGGAUCAAGUGUUAUGAUAAUCAGUCGUUUUAUGGAUGGUUCAAUGCCAGCUUAUCCAGCAAUGAAGCUUGGUUUGGUCGAUGUUCGUGAUGUUGCUAAGGCACAUAUUUUAGCAAUGAAAGAAAGAAAAAGUGAUGGACAAAGAAUUCUUAUCACUGCUGAAACAUUAUCAUUUCGGCAGAUUGCCAACAUUUUGCGACAAGAAUUUGGUAAACAAGGCUACAGUAUUCCGCGAUUUAGAGUUCCAUAUGUAAUCUUAUGGCUUCAUUCGUUAGUGGAUAAAGCAGCAUUACAAGCUUUACCAUUAUAUGGACAUGAGGAUAAGUUAGAUAAUUUUAAAGGAUCUCAAUUGCUAGGUAUAUCAUAUCAAGAUAUUAGGAAAUCAUUGAUAGAAAUGGUUUAUGAUAUGAUUGAACGGAAUAUUUUACCAAGAAAGAAGAACAGAUAG